AUGACAGACUCUCUCCAAGUAAAUCCCUCCGAAAAUGGAUUUGGAUGCACAAUCCACUUACCUACUUAUGCCCAGAAUGAUCCCUCCAAAUUGAACGAAGAAGACUUUAAAGCAUUGUACGAGGCUACGCUCACACAUCUUGUCGUGGUGAUCCCCGGCCAAGAAGACUUAGCUCCUUCCAGUCAAUAUAUCCUCACCAAAAGAUUUGACCCCUCGAUUCCUGAGCCAAAGAAAGAGGGAUUUGCCGGGUAUGGACACGGAAAGGAAUUCCGUCACGAGAAAUCUGUAUUGAGAAAAGACGGAACUAGUGUCAAGAGCCAGCCUCAGGUCCAAAUUUUGGGACAAGGUGUCUUUGAAGCUGAUGAGCCUGGAAAUGAGAACGGUGAGGCCAUUUCUCUCACGCAUCCAUCACACACCUCGUUCCACAAGGACCCAUUGACAGAAGAACAAAUUAUCAAUGAAAGAAAAACAAGAUUCUACAGAUGGCACAUUGACUCUGCUUUGUACGACUUGUCUCCUCCCAUGGUCACCACGCUUCUCGGAAUCAAGGUGCCUCCUGCGACACAAACACAGUUCAUCGAUUAUGAUGAUGGAAGUGGGGAUGUUUUGGAGUUGACACAAGGAGCAACAUGUUUUGUCAGUGGAGCUGCAGCUUUUGAGCGUCUCUCCGACGAAGAAAAGGAGUUUGCCCUCAACACAAUUGUAGAAUACGCUCCACAUCCAUAUAUCUUCAUCUCGCCUGCAAAGGCCAACAAGGAUGGAUUAGUGAUGGUCUCCGAGGGAAAAGAGACAAAAAUGGAUGAAUUGCCUGAAUGGGAGGAGCUGAAAAUCAAAAAAUUACCAAUGGUAUGGACCAACCCAGUCACUGGAAAGCAUCACUUGCAGGUCCAUGGAUGCUGCCUCAAUAAACUCCACACCAAGACUGAUUCAGGAGUGAAGACCUUAGACCUUGAAGAAGCUCGUAAGAAGGCUCACUCGAUGAUGAGACCAGCUAUUGCUUCCAAAAAUGUUUUGGCACAUUCUUGGAGCCAAGGUGACUUGGUGAUUUUCUUCAACCAGGGUGUCUGGCAUUCGGUCACUGGUGAGCUCAAGGGAACCCACGACGGCAUGGAUGAGAAGAGACUCAUGCACCAAUGUAACAUCGCCAGUGGCAGAGAUCCCAUCACUGUCAAGGCCUAG